GCGUUCGAAAACAAAAACAAACUUAUCCUCCUUGCUUGUUUGAUUCGCUGUUUAGAUUUUAUUUUUGGUCCGUUCGUUUUCAACUGAAAUGAAGUGCGUUGUCCCGUCCUGUACCACGGAUUUUCACAAAAUUCCCGCAGGAAUCACGCAACAUCGAUUCCCUACUGACGACGACCGCCAAGCUCAGUGGCUUGAAGCUAUUCGCACGGCGGAAAACUGCCGCCCAGACGACCUAUCGGCGGUCAACUUUAACCGUGAUCGCAUCUGUUCGAAACAUUUUCACAACAGCUGCUUCUACAAAGUGAAGGGUCAAGUAAGGUUGAAUAAAUAUGCAACGCCGUUCGAAGAACCGACAGGGCCGCAUCGUAACGGAACAUCACACACAAGCGCUGUUCCCCGGUUGAACACCAACGGGCAACAAUAUUUGAAUCUGGAAGAUCCGGAACCAACCGACGUCACGCCGACAGCCAAAAGGAAAAAGGUCGAAAAGCGAUACUACGUUCAGGGCAGCAACGACCUCUUCGAAGUUUUGGUUCUAGAGAGUCAGCAAUAAGUUGACAGUGCUACAGUUAGUACAGUAAAAAAAAACAAAUUUAUGUAUUUUUUAGAUUGUAAACUAUAAAUCUGAUCUCAUUGUUAUAAUUUGCUUUGAAUCUUUAAUAGUAGCUAGUAGACUGUUCGCCCUCCCCGAACGCUGCCUCCUGGCACUGCUGCCAUUGCACUCGUACGAUAGUAAACGAAUACUCAUCUCGAAUGCCGACGUACCUUCUUCUUGCACGAUCGGUGACAGGAAGUUCCAACGCCGGCACGUCCUCUUUGCGAUCAGUUUAGGUGUCAUGGUGCGUUCGUUUUGUGAUCCUUAAUAUUUUUUGCCGUUUCUAUUAUUGAAUCAAAAUGUUUAAAUGUUUAAAUAGGUAUUUAAAUGUGAAUUCAAACUCAAAAUUAAACAGUUUUUUGUUUAAUGAUAAAUGGUAGGCACACUAUAAAUGGUUAAACGCUAAUACUUACAUCAAACCCUACGUAAUGUACCACCCCCGGCCGAGUUAAAAUGCGUAACCGGAAAAGAAGGUGUGCAUGCCUGGCACGAACACUCAAAGCGUGUUGCUCGUACUGACUCAGAGCAAGUCAAGGCCCGUUCUUACACUGAAAAUUGCGAAUUGCGAGAAAGGAUAAAAGUGAGGAAGGCACCAACCACCUGAAGGUGGAUUAAGUAACGUUUUUAUAUAUUGAAUCUC